AUGAACCAUAACACAGAUAGAGAUGCAUUUCAACAAUUAGGUCGAUCAUUAAAUGAAAGACAUUCCAAUCAAUUAUCUACUCAACUACAAGUUUUUCAAUCAGCAUUAAUUAAUUUUGCCAACGAUCAUGCAGAAGAAAUAUCCCUGAAUUUGGAGUUUAAAAAUAAGUUUACACAGAUAUCACAACUGAUUGGUAUUGAUCCAUUGGAUUUAUUGAUAUAUACAUCUAAAGGUAAGAAUUCUACGAAUUUCCAUACAGCUUUGGCAGUUAAAAUAGUUGAAAUUUGUCAAAAUACUCGAGACUUGAAUGGAGGGUUGAUUUCAGUUAAGGAAUUGAUAUCGAUUCUAAAAGAUAAUUCAUCUGGAAUAGUAUUGGACAUUACUCCCAAAGAUAUUGAUAAUUCAUUGACAAGUCUAGACAAUCUAGGUAAAGGAUAUGAAGUUCUUUUUAUAAAUGGUAAAAAAUGGUUGAAAUUUUCCUCCACGGAGAAUUUGUCAAAUGAUCAAUUGAAAAUUUAUGAAUUAUGUGAGUUCAUGGGAGGGUUUGUUACUAAUAGAUUAUUACAUGAUAACUAUGGAUGGGAUAAAGUACGAUGUAAAUCCGUGAUUGAUGAAAUGAUCAUGAAUGGGUUUCUUUGGGUGGAUUCCCAAGACCCUACAGGAGAGUGGAAAUAUUGGGAACCUUCAUGGAUAUCUAAUUAG